AUGAAACAGGUAUACCUUACACUGUACGCAAAAGAAAAAAAAAUCAACGCAGUUAUCCUUUCCGACCGAGUCCAGACCCAAGCCAAUCCCAUCCAAAUCCAAUUCAAAUCACAAACCCAAAACAUUCCAUCCCAACCCAACCCAAUCAAUCCAUUCCAUUCUAUUCCAUUCCAGUCCAGUCCAGUCCAAUCCAAUCCGAUCCAAUCCGGCUCAGGAUGCCAUGUACGCCUCGAGUCGCCUUGUUGCGCCAGAAAUGACAACAACAACGCCAAGCACCCAUGA